AAAGGCGGGAAUUCGAUUUUUGUGUAUAUUACAGCGAACCAAAGGCUAUAAGUUCUUAAGUGUAGGCAAUUUGUAAUUUGAAUUCAUAAUGCGACCACGCACUGUAAAGAGUUCAACUCAGAAAAAGAAGAAAUCGGAAUCGCAUUUAGAUAAUGAUGAGGAUUCAUAUGAGGAAACUGCAUUUCGAACACCAGAUCGUGAAAACGAAACCGACUACGGAUUGGAGUUUACUACAAGCCGUUUGGCUGAAAUGAACACAUCUCCACGUCGGUGCUCUACGCUACGCAAAAACGUUCCAAAAGACCAUCGUCGUGAUCUAGACACAUCCGAAGGCGACAGUGAUUCAGAGAAUCAGCCACCGGCAGUACGACAAACACCCCGAAAGCUGCCGCUAAAAACACCCGCAGCGAGUAUGAGUAAGAAACAUCAGCCGCCACUAACAUCAAGACCUGGCUCGAGGCGCAAACAAAAUAAACCGGAGCGUCGUAUACAAAAAUUGAACCGCGAAAUUGAACGGUUACAAAAGCAUCCAGGCUUUAUGAUACCGCGUUUACCUUUCGCGCGUUUGGUGCGCGAAAUUAUGAUGAAAUAUACUUUAACGCCCUUUAUGAUAACUAUGGGUGCCCUGGAGGCUAUACACACCGCGACAGAAAUGUACAUAACCCAGCGCUUCCAGGAUGCCUACUUACUGACCCAGUAUCGCGGCCGUGUCACGUUAGAGGUGCGCGACAUGGCGUUGGUGGCAUAUUUCUGCAAAUCCUAUGGUAAUCUUUGAGAUACAUCGUUUAUAAUUUCACAUAUGUGUAACAAUCAUAAUCAUAAUCAUAGGUAAUAAGUAAAUAAAAUAUGCGAACUUUUAAAAAGUCACUACUUUUGUGUUGAGGUUCUAAUUUGACGUGUUGUUCUGUUGUUCAGGCUGUAAACAGGUUUUUACCCGAUUUGGAUUUCCAAUUCAUUUUUAAUGUGAAUCGAA